GGGUCUGGGUCUUGGGUGGUGUUGUUUUGUUCGAGAGCCUUCCCUGCCUGCACGCGGCCGCCGUUCGACUCCCGCCCUCGCCUCCCCGCCUCGUCUCCCCCUCAGUCUUGUUUCCAGUGUCUUGCGGAGAGCAGCAGCACCUCAGCCAUGGCGGACAACGCAGCGAAGGUGCAGCAGCUGAAGGAACAGGGCAAUGCGUGCAUGGAGGCCGGCAAGCUGGACGAGGCCGUGCAGCACUACACCAGCGCCAUCCAGCUGGACGACAAGAACCAUGUACUCUUCAGCAACAGAUCCGCAGCAUACGCUAAGCUUGGGAAGUACACAGAUGCCUUGGAAGACGCAGAGACAACAGUCACACUGAAGUCCGACUGGCCCAAGGGAUACUCAAGAAAGGGCACGGCGCUGCUCUACCUCCAACGUAACCAAGCAGCGCUAGAGACCUUCCAGAAAGGCCUGACCCUGGAUGCCAACAACCAGCAGCUCAAGGAGGGCCUGACGGAGAGCAAGAGGAGGCUGCAGCAGGCCAGCGCUCCGAAGCAUCCGUCCAUGUCUUUCUUCCAAGACCCAUCAGUAUUAGAUGCGCUCAGGACCAACCCUCGCACCAAAGAGUUCAUGAAGGACCCAGAGUUUUGCAAGACACUUGAGGACAUCAGGAAAAGUCCUGAACUAUUGAGGGAAAAGAUGCACGACAAGCGUCUCUUGACUUGCAUCAGCGCCAUGAUGGGCCUGGACGUGAUUGGCCCCGACGAUGACAUCAGCGACAUGGAUGCAGACACCCCACCCGCCGCCCGGUCCUCCCCGAGCAAGCACACGACGCCGCCACCGCGUGCACCGCCCAAGCUGGAGGAGAUGGACGUGGACAAGACCCCUGAACAGAUCAGUGCAAUGAAGGAGAAGGAGCUGGGCAAUGCAGCGUACAAGAAGAAGGAAUUUGAGGCGGCACUGAGUCACUACAAUAAAGCCAUCGAACUGGACCCAACGGACAUGACCUUCCUCAUCAACAAAGCAGCCGUCUUCUUUGAGCAGCAAAACUACCAGGAGUGCAUCGCCACAUGUGAAAAGGCAGUGGAGGUAGGCCGCGAGAACAGGGCAGACUUCAAGCUCAUAGCCAAGGCCUUCACCAGGACAGGCAACGCUCACAAGGCUCUCAAGGACUACUACAAGGCAAAGACGUUCUACGAGAAGUCUCUCUCUGAACACCGAACGCCAGACACAAGGGAGCUGCUCAGUAAGGUGGAGAAGCUGAUCAAGGAGGAGGAGCGGGUGGCUUACAUUGACCCUGCCAAGUCUGAGGAGGAGAAGGAGAAGGGCAACGAGUACUUUCGCAAGGGUGACUACCCCCUCGCCAUCAAGCACUACUCCGAGGCCAUCCGACGCAACCCUGAGGACGCCAAGAUCUUCAGCAACCGCGCCGCCUGCUACACAAAGCUGGCCGAGUUCAGCCUGGGCCUCAAGGACUGUAAUGAAUGCAUCCGCCUCGAGCCCAACUUUGUGAAAGGGUAUGUAAGGAAGGGCAAGAUCCUGCAGGGGCUGAAGCAGUACUCCAACGCCCAGGCCGCUUACCAGAAGGCCAUCGACAUCGACCCCAACUGUCAGGACGCUCUGGAUGGCUUCAGGGAGUGUAUGAUGGCCGUCAACAGUGACCCAGAGGAGGUGCGCAAGAGGGCCAUGGCCGACCCUGAGGUGCAGCAGAUCCUCAAGGACCCAGCCAUGCGCAUGAUCCUUGAGCAGAUGCAGACUGACCCCAGAGCGCUCCAAGACCACCUCAAGAACCCUGAUAUUGCCUCCAAGAUCCAGAAGCUGCUCCAGUCAGGUCUCAUCUCCAUUCGGUAGAGGGGGAAGAGCUAGCAUGAGAGGGGGCGGGAGAGAGUGUGAGUGAGGGUGGGGUGAGACUUGGAGUGUGUAAAGGUGGUAGCUUAGCCCCUCCCCCUCCUACCCAAGUCCUCCAUCCCUACCCAUUUCAGGUAAAGGGUGGGGAGGGCAGGUGGUGGUGUGUGUAUGGGUGUAGCCUGGGUUUUUGAGGGUGGUAAAUGGGACCCCUCCUGCACUCCUCCAAGUCUUUGCCCUUAAUUGUCCUACUUCUCAAGACUGCCCUAUCCUGCCUAUGUUUCAGGUAUAUAGUGGAAAGGGCAGGUAUGGGUGUAUGAGUGUAGGGUGGAGUAUGAGAGUGGUGAAUGGGCUCCUGCUCCUUCUCCUUUCCCUUCCUUGUCCCAUCCACUGUCCACAUUCCCAGCAGAGGCCAGGAAGAGUAGGUGUUGGUGUGUUCCUCAUAUCCCAGCCUCUUGUCCCUACUCUUCCCUUCUUCCCUUCUCCUGUCCUGCUCUAUCCAUGUUCUUGGCAGAGGGUGGGAAGGGUGGAUGUAGAUGUAGGAUUGGGUGUGAGGGAGGGAGUCUUGCCCCCUACCUCUCAGCUCCCCUGGUUCCUUCCUUGCCAUGCUUUUCCUUACCCUGUCAACCUUCCCGUACCCAUGUCUCCAGUAGAGUGAGGAGGGUGUGAGGAUGACUUGCUCCCUGCUCUUCAAGUCCCUACUGUACCCUACCUUCCUGUACCUAUUCUCCCCUGCCACCAUUACCACCACUGCCCCCACUCCAUCUCUUCCACACAAAUCCCUUCUCAAUCCUACCAUGCUGUUCCUAUUCUCCCCUCCCCCACCCAUGUUCCCCUGCCACCUUUACCACCACUGCCCCUGCCCCACCCCAUCCACUCACAUCCUCCCCUGAUUCUGAUUGGUUUUCAUGAUAUAAGUGCAGGAAAUACUAGUGAUUAUUUGUGUGCGUGUGUGUGAAUGUAUGUUUGUAUGUGACACGGCCAUUGCUUUGCCAUGACUGUGUGAAGACGGCAUUUUUUCAAUUUCUCUUGACGCUCGAUGUAGGAUAUUUUUUGUCACCCCUUUAACUAUGGGUAUAUAAGUUAUGACUCUGCUUGCGACAUCUCAGUGACUUUUUACUUGUGAUCUGAUAAUGCGACAUAUUGCCUUUUACACUGUAGUCUUUUUUCUAUGUUUUACGAUUGAUUUUCAUUCAUUGCUACGUCAACUUCUCUGAUUAACGUGGAUCACAAUAUGAAUGGAUAGUGAAUGUCAAUAAUAAUCUUAAACUGUUCAUUGAAGUGUGGAUAUAUCACUCAGCAACCUACAACUACAAAACUACCACUGCUACUAAUACUAAUCCUCACCUUCUCUGCCUCCUCUUCCUCCUCCUCCUCCUUCUACUACUACUACCACCACCACCACCACCACCACCACCACUGUUACUACUACUACUGCUACUUCUGUUUCUCUCAUAUCAUUAUACAUCAUUACAGAAAAAAAGAUGAGUGAUAGUGGACUGCCAUAUGGCUGAUGUUCAUUGUGCCUGAGAGAGAGAGAGAGAGA